UUUAACGAUAGAUGUCGUUGAUGUUUGAAAACCACGUGACAAUAAAAAAAAAUCGAAUGUUUUUAAACUUUGAAAGAAUUUUUUUUGUAAAUUAAUAAACUUUGAUUCAUGGAUUGUCCAUUAUAUUUUGAAGUAAUAGCUAAAUGUAAAAAAACUCGUGCACGUGUCGGUAAUCUUCGUUUAAAAUCUACCAGUGAAUUUGGUAAAGAUGUUGAAAUUGAAACACCAAUUUUUAUGCCCGUUGGUACAAGUGGUGCAAUGAAAUCUGUAAUGCCCAUUGAAUUAGAACAAAUUGGUUGUCGUUUAAUGUUAUGUAAUACAUAUCAUUUAGCUUCACAACCCGGUGAAGAUAUUGUCAAUGAAAUUGGUCAUGGUGGUUGUCAUGGUUUUAUUCGUUGGCCACAUGCUAUUCUAACUGAUUCCGGUGGUUUUCAAAUGGUUUCGCUCAAUAAACUUAUGUCGAUCAAUGAAGAUGGUGUUCGAUUUGAAUCACCUUAUAAUGAAGGUGAAAUAUUUCUAUCACCUGAAGGAUGUAUGCAAAUACAACAUAAACUUGGUUCGAACAUUAUAAUGCAAUUGGAUGAUGUUGUUUCAGCAGUUGCACAAGAUGAUAAACGUUUUGAAGAGGCAUUAUAUCGUUCGAUUCGUUGGUAUGAUCGUGCUCGUAAAUAUCAUCAUCAAACUGGUCGUGAUAAAUUACAAAAUCUUUAUCCAAUCAUUCAAGGUGGUCUAGAUGAAUCAUUUCGACGAAUAUCGGUUAGAGAGAUUGUUGCACGUGAUCCACCCGGUAUUGCAAUCGGUGGUCUAAGCGGUGGCGAAGCUAAAGAAGAUUUUAUCAAAAUGGUAGCUAUUAGUACGGAAAAUUUAUCCGAUUCAAAACCCAGAUAUUUAAUGGGUGUGGGAUAUGCUGUCGAUAUGAUGUUAUGUGUUGCACUUGGAUGUGAUCAAUUUGAUUGUGUUUAUCCAACACGAACUGCAAGAUUCGGUACGGCAUUAAUCGGUUUAGGUAAACAAUUAAAUCUAUCUAAUCAACGUUACCUAACAGAUCAAUCACCAGUUGAUCAAGAUUGUGAUUGUUCUACAUGUUUAUCAUUAAAUCGAAGCUAUCUUUGUCGAUUGUUUCGUAGUAAAAAUCCAACCGCUUGUCAAUUAUUAACCGUUCAUAAUCUAAGAUUUCAGAUGCGUUUUAUGGAAAUGAUUCGUUUAGCAAUUAAAGAACAACGAUUUGAACAAUUUAUUAUUGAUACACUUUAUUAUAAUAUUGGUAAAAAUUAUAAUGAUUAUCCUGAAUGGAUUCGAAUUGCAUUAGAUAUUCUUCAAAUUGAUUUAAUUAAUUUGUAAAUAAUAAUAAAAAAA